UUUAGUCGCUGACUGUGAUAAUUAAGCACAAACUCAUACAAGCUCAAGCGUUACUGUGGUGCGCAUACACGUCACUGUUACUUGGCUGGUUUAGCAGCUUGCAGGAAGACAAGUGUACGAAUCUUGCGGAGUGAUUAGAGAGAUUUCAAUUUCACAAACCAAAACUAAAGUGCUAAAGCGCUGCAUGUGGCUCACAUCGUGCGUCGGUUUCCAUAGAAACACAUUGUGACACUCAAGAUACGGCCAGCCGUGCUGCGCCGAUAACGGACGUGUGGUCCGCCAACACGCUUGUGAGACGGAUUCGCCACUGUAGAUGGCGCUGCGUGAUGACGGUCUAGACUACAGGAACGAUGCGUGCGCGGCCUGCGACGGCUACUACGGACCCAGCUUCUCCCUGCCUGUCUGCGGCACGUGCCACGCCUUCCUCUAUCCCGAUCAUCCGGCACUUCCGGAAGAUUCCCUCUUGCUGGCCGAGAAGGAUGAUUCUGGAGACUCUGGCACAGAAGAACCGACAGAAUUCUUCGAUUACAAGAGCAGGCGGAACCAAGUGGCUUACGUCCAGCAGGUGGUGCCACCAAAAACCGAUAAACUUGCCGAGAAAAUAGCUGCACUGACGUCGCCGAGAGAAAAAGACAAGGUUGCUGAUGGACUAGUUGAUUCCCUGCCACCAGAGGUCCUUCUCGUUGUCUUCUCUUACCUCAAUGACAUCUCGCUGUACAAUGUGAGCCGUGUGUGCCGACGGUGGCGGCACCUGUUGGCAGCUGAAACCACACAGGAGCAGUGGAGGCGUCACACGGAGGCACGCUGGCCACUGUUCAAGCCCUUCUACCGCAUCACCUGUUGGAGACGCCUGUUCAGCAAGCUGCUGGAGAGCACUCCUUGCCUUCUCUGCCUGGAGCAGAUGUCUGACCAGGUAGCCUACCAGCUUGAUUCGCCUCAGGAAGAGAGCAAGUGGCGCUGUAACCGGCUGCGCAAUGAGCUGAAAACAUUAAAACAGGACCCGCCGGAGGGCAUUGAGGCUACUCCUCUAGACAGAGCAUGUUGUCACUGGCAGGCAUCAAUCAUGGGACCAAGAGAGAGCCCUUACGAAGGUGGCAAGUUUCACGUGUACCUGCAGAUACCUGAUGGCUAUCCGAUGCGCCCUCCCGUGGUGAGAUUCCUCACUAAAAUCUUUCACCCAAACAUUAGUCGCCACGGCGACGUCGGCAUCGAUUCCAUUCACCACAACUGGACGCUGGCUCUGACCAUCUCCAAGGUGCUCAUCAGCAUUCAGUCACUGCUGACCGACCCGUACACACAGGUCUGCAUGGAGCGCGAGAUCGGCACGCUGUACGAGCGUGACAAGAGCGCAUUCGAGGAGACGGCGCGCGACUGGACGUGGAAGCACGCGAUGCACGACGCGUUCAUGCCGACAACGGCGGAUUUCUGGGCGACAGUAAUGAGCGCAGGCAGACAGCAUGUGGAGUAACAGGAAGGUUGGUGUCAUGCGGAGAGCCUUAGCAGAGAGAGAGAGAGAGAGGGGGAGAGAGAGAGAGAGCGAGAGCGAGAGCGAGAGCGAGAGCGAGAGAGAGAGAGAGAGAGAGAGACACAGAGAGACGACAGCAGGAAGGCUUAGGAAAGGAUAGAACAGUAAGGCAUAGCAGAGAGGCAUGGCAAAAAAGGAUGGAGUAGGAGUGGAAAACAGGAAGGCAUGGCAUGAGAGAGAUGGGGCCGACAUUAAGCAUAGUAGAGAGCAGAAGAAGCUGAAAGGUGUAAUAUACUAUUGGAGGCAAAUUUGGGAGAGUCUGGCUGUGGAUUAGAAAUAGAAUGUAAGCGUUUGUAUUAAUUAUUGUUGUUGUUGUGCUGAUGUAAGAGAUCAUUUUAGAAUGAUUCAAGGGCAAGUAAUUUGGCAUGGCGUUUAUCACAUACAAAUUUUCUCUUUUCACGUAAGUAGUUCUUGCUUCUGGAUCCAUAGUAACAUCUGAAUUGGCAGGAUAUGUGAACGAGUGUAUGUGGCACACUGGUGAAAAGUUAGUUAACUCGACAUAGACGUGUAGAAAAUAGGUAGUUUUAUUUCACAAUAUUUUGAUUAUUACCAUGUUACUGCUAUUAAAUCUACAAUGUACAUAUAUCUGCUAGAUUAAAAGUUUUAAUAAACUAAUUAACUGCUAGUUUCGUUCAGCUCAUUGGCAAUCACUCUGGCAA